AUGGCACGGGCGUGUCCUCGUCCGACGUCAUCGACAUUGAUCACAGCACAGAAUCAAAAAGACGUCGACAUCGACCCCACCAACUACAAAAACAGCUCUACGAAACUUCCCCUCCUCUGUCACGACGCCGUCUUUGAACUGAAGGAAACAGCAUAUGCUAACUGCGUUGGUGGAAAAUGGAUACUCGAGACACACACGUGUGUGGCAAAAAUCUGGCGCAAGCGGGAGAGAACAAAACAAAUAAUAUUGAUUACAGGUCUGGUCGUGGGAGGACUGGCCGUUCUCUUUCUCAUUCUUAAAGUCGUCCAAUACAGAUGGGAGAAAACACAGAAGAAAAUAAUGGAUGAUAUAGAACUGAAUUCUAUUGCGAGUCCUAGAUUCACACGCGUUAGAGACAACGAGUACACCGACAUAUUCGAUUCCAGACCAACAGAUGUCGAAAGAAGGUCUCGACAGUUUCUGUCAGGAAUUUCUCGCACGCAGAGUCAGACUGUGUUUCCGUGGCACAACCAACCACCGGCGUAUAGUCCGUCAUCUAACAGUUUACCGGGAAUAAGUCGCCUUUGAUUUAAAGCGACAUACCCUAGUUUAUAAACACUAAAGCAUAUGUUUGACUAUUAG